AUGGUCACGCGGAGCUUCUCAUGCACCCGCAUCAUCCCCAGCAGCAGCGGCGCCAAGCAGCCCCCCUACUGCCGCUGGUGGGGCGUCACCUGCUGCGACCAAACGGCGCUCGCGGCCGGCGAAUGCUGGGCCGUGAACGGCGUGGCCAGCCUGGCGAUCAAGGCGGACAACGUCAAUGGCAGCUUCUCCAACCCGUCACUGAUGGAUGCGACGGAGCAGCUGCACGCCUGCGGCAUGGUCGGCCUCAACCUCGAAUCGAACGACAUCUCAGGCGCACUGGAGCCGCGCUGGGGGCGGUUCACCAACCUCACGGUCCUCAACCUCGCCAACAACUGGCUGAGUGGCACGGUGCCUGCAGAGCUUGCGAACCUCAAAAAGCUGCGGCAGCUCGAGCUCGGCACCAACUUCCUCCAUGGCAGCAUCGGCGACUGGAUCGGCAGCCUCAAGGAGCUGCGGGUCCUGAACCUCGGCGCCAAUGCGGGCGUCAACCCGCCCGUUGAGACCGCCGCAAAGGAGGGUUCUGAAGCAAAGGCUAGCAAAGAUGAGAAGGAAAAGGAGGAGGAAGAGAUUACAGGCAUGGUGGGGACCAUUCCUGCGGCGAUUUCCAAGCUGAAGUUUCUCACUGAGCUUGACUUCCAGCAGCUGCGGCUGCUCUUGCUGCCACUGCCGCUACUGCCGCCGCUGCCGCUGCUACUGCUGGUGCUGCCGCUGCUGCUGCUGCUGCUGCUGCUGCUGCUGCUGCUGCUGCUGCUGCUGCUGCUGCUGGCACCCGCAAUGCUGGCCGUCCUGAACCUACACAGCAACCGCUUGAAGGGCUCCGCCACGGCAGCCCUCAACUGCCUGCAGCUGGCGUCCUUGGACCUGUCUUCAAAUCGCUUGACGGGCAGCGUCCCUGCAACAAAGAAUUGGACCCAGAUGGUUUCAAUGAAGCUGGGCCGCAACAAGUUUGAAGGAGUUCUGCCAGACCCCAUAUUCCGCAUGCAGCUGCUGACAUAUCUGGACUUGUCUGGCAACAGACUCACAGGAGGGUUUGAUGACCGCAUCAGCUUGAUGACCUUCCUGACUCACUUCGACGUCUCCGGAAACAAGCUUUCUGGUUCGAUUGGGCGUGGCCUGUGGUUCCUUCCGCAGAUCGCCCGCGUCAACCUCGCAAACAACAACUUCACCGGCACACUCAACCCCUCGCUUGGUUUUGCCUGGAACCUGCGGGAGAUGGUCCUGGCCAACAACACGGGCUUGGUCGGCCGCCUGCCCGACGAGGCUGCCGGCCUGGCGCACCUCCACCGCGUCGGCCUGCGGGGCACCAACAUGAGCUGUGUCCCGGCAGAGCUCGCUGAGGCCCACGCGGCAGAGCGCGCCAAGGGCCGGGAGCCGCCGCCGUACAGAUGUGCCGGGGAGAACGUUCUGCCCUGCUUCCUGGAGUUUGCGGGCUAUACGAUCCCCCUCAGCGACAACAGCAAGAUGAGCUGCCGGCCCAUCAGGAAGCUGUCUCCCGACAGGAUCAUCACUGUCUGCCCCCCCGCGGCGCUCUACCUGCUGCCCGACCCGAGCCUGGAAGUGCUCGCGGCGCAGUGGGACCUGUCGCCCUCAUACUACCAAUACCAGGGCUGCGUCUGCCUCGAGGGCCACAAAGCGGUGUGGAGCCGCGACGGCACGGUGAUGCGCUGCGAAUACACCCGUACCCUGUCGGCGUCGAUGUGGGUGUUGGUCGGCCUCGGCGCGGCAAUCGCGCUGCUCGCGCUGUCGCUGCUGCUGCUCAGCCGGCGCCUGCUGCUGUUCCGCAGCCGGUGGUUGAGGGAGGCGGAGCUCAAGCGCAAGCGGCGGCUGGGGGUGCCCAAAGACGGGGCGAAUGUUUCCAUCGUAAUCACCGACAUCGAGGCCUAUUCGGUCCUGAUGAAGACCAGCCCGGCCCUGGCCACCAAGGCGCUGUCGAUGCACAACGCGGUGCUGCGCAAGGCGGCCGCCGACAACGCGGGCCACGUCAUCGACCAGGAGGGCGACUCCUGGGGCCUCGCCUUUUACGACGCGCAGGACGCCGUGGCCUUCUGCCUGCAGGCGCAGCAGGCCAUGCACAAGGUGGACUGGUCGGCUGGCCUCAUUGGCAAUGACACCCACCAGGGAAAGCAUCACGGCCAGCCCAGUGAGAACGUCGGCUUCAACAAGGGCAGCACCACAACAGGCGGCCAUCCCAGCCGCCUGCGGCAGCUGCUCGGCGUUGGAAGCCUGGGUGUGGCGUCGUACACUUCCGACGCGGCUGCUACCCACGGCUGGCUGCCCAUGCGGCCCACAGUGCCGCUGGCAACGCUGCCGUCGUUCAGCGGCAGCGGCAGCGACAGCCGCGACGACAAUGUCACGGCGGACGACAGCUUGGUCAACGCAAACAGCACGAGCAGCAGCCUGCCGCCGGGCGCGCUGCGAGCGUCGAGCGACACCGUCGACGGGAGCGUCGGCGGCGCGUCGCUGGUUGGGGUGUCGCUCCAGCAGGGCGGCAAGGGGUUCGGCGAGAGGCAGGCGCGCGUUGACGCGCCGGGCAGCGCGUUCAUGAAGCUGCUGAUGCGGCAGGGCAGCGACAGCACCACCAGCCAUGACAGCGUGUUUUGCGGCCUCAGGGUGCGUAUGGGGGUAGCUACCGGGAAGCUGCCGCUCGGCGAUGACAUCACGAGGAGCGGCGUGUUUGACCUGGCCAAGGUGGUGUCUGACAUGGCAAACGGCGGCCAGGUGCUGAUGGAUGCUGAGACCUUUGAGCAGAUCAGGGACGAGCGCAGCCUGGCCGCGGUGGACCACCACGGCUACAACGACAAGGUCUUCGCGGAACAAACGGGCUCAGGGUUGUUGUGCACUCACGGCAACUGCAGCGUCCCCAAGUGGCUGCGCCCCAGCUGCUCUCGAGCGGACGAGGAAACAACCGCUGUCCCUGCCUUGAAGGCUUCAAAGCUCGUGAUCUUAGACAUGGGGGAGUACGAGGUUCCGGGCAUCAACCUCGAGUUGGUGGUGUCGGGCCAGGCGCCCAGGCAGCAGCAGGGCCCCGCCGACGGCGGCAAGCGCGCCGGUCAGCAGCCGCAGGACCAGGAGCAGCAGGAGCGGCGGCGGCAGCGGCAGCAGCGGAGACGCAAGUCGGGGCGCCUGCGCGUCUACAGCGUGGCGCCCAGCUGCCUAGCCGACAGGGCCAGGGAGUGGGGCAACUCGCUGGCCUUCAAGGAGGGCUGGCGCCAGACUGACCGCGGCUUUUUUGAAGCGCCCGGCGCUGUCGGCGCCGCGACCCUCACACUGCGCGACGCGGCGGUGGCGCCCGACCUCAUGCCUCAUGUGACCGUCGUGUGCGCUGGGGUUGAGGGCGCCAAGUGGCUUGUGCGGUGGCGGCACGCGGGCGAGGUGCGGGAGAUGGCGCGCCUGCUGCGCAUGGUGUACGUGGCGGCGCUGCGCGCGGUGCCAGGCGGCUACCUGUGCCGCGAGCAGGAGGGCGGCCUGCGCUACAUGCUGGCGUUCCGCGACGCAGAGGGCGCGCUGCAGUGGUGCCUGCUGGUGCAGGAGGCGCUCAUGUACGCGCCCUGGCCGGCGGCGCUGCUGGCGCUCCCCGAGUUUGGAGAGGAGCACGCGCCUGACAGCGGCACGCUGCUGUUCAGGGGACCGCGCGUGAAGAUGGGCGUGUGCAAGGGCCGGCCGCGCAGCCUGGUGGCGAACGAGGAGGGGCGCGCCGACUACUUUGGCGCGAGCGUCAACCAGGCGGCGCGCUACAUGGACGCGGCGGCGUGCGGCGGCCAGGUGGCGUGCGAGAUACAGCUUAUUGAGGCCGUCUUCAAGUGA